GUACGGCGGUCGACCAAAAAUAGCUCAGUCUAAACGAUCGCUGCCUCUUGAAAAGACAUCUUUGCGCUUUGUUCGUGUUGAAUAUUUUUUUUUUGCAUCUGAGUUUGUACUGCGUGGUGAAAAAUGGGGGGCGUACAGUCGGCCAACGAUGGCCGGGAAAUCCAAACAUCCGAAAGAGAAUCCACACCCAUCCACACACUUCCAAAUGCUGCACUGCCGGAAAAUGAAGCCGCAAUGAAAACAGAUGAUGAUGAAGUACAUGAUACAAAUCCACCCAUGGAUGACCCUGAGCAAAAUGACGAUGAGCAGCGUGCACGCGAUAGUGACGCUGCGAACGAUAGCGAUGAUAGCAUGACGGCAAAGUGUAGAGCACGGAAGAUGACAACCGAGUUGGCAAAUUUCCGCCGUAACCUGCAGCAGAAGCGACAGCUGCACCAAUCGAAGCUGGUGGCCGUGAAGGAUGAGCUGGAGCAUCUGCGGAAAGCGUUGGCUGAGGAGAAAAGCCGCAACCGAGCACUGAUCAAGUACGUUCAGCAGCAAGAGCAUCAGCUAGCAAAGCAGACACACGGCACGGAAGCAUCCACCGCGUCACCGUUGUGCGAUGUGAGACGGGAAGCGUUGGAGAUCGUAGCACACGGUGAGAACGCAUUGGAACCGGCCGAACGGCGAGUGAACGCGGAAGCUGUGGUAGAUGAAUCGCGAGAUCAGAGUUCAUCGGCCCGCGGACAAAGCGUCGAACGAUCGGACGACGAACGGCUGGCGCUGAAGAGAGAGCUGGCUGAGUCACAGCACGCGUUACAGUGCACAACCGGUGAGCUGCUAGAGCUGCGCCACGAGUUGGCUCAGUUGAAGACGCAGCUUCGCGCACAACAGGACGAAGCAUCGGCGGAGAGCGCGCGACAAAGUGCAGCAGCUCGGACACUGAAAGCGGAACUGGCCGAGACGCAGUUCCGACUGCAGAUAUCCCAGGCGGAGGCACUAUCGCUGCAAACCGAUGUUGAUCAGCUGCGGAAUCAGGUGAAAUCUCUCAAGGACGUUAUUAAGGCUGGGAAGGAAAUUAUCGCGAUACGGGAGGAUCAAGUAGAGCAGCUGAAAGGAAAACUGCGCCAGAUUGAGGACACUUUGCAGGAGCGCGAAUUGCAGAUUAUGUCCGACGAUCUGCGUCGGGAGUAUGAUCGACAGCUGACAAACAUUCGCAACCUAAGAGAUCUGUACGAAGAGCGCGAACGUGUUUCGAGAAUGGAGCGUGACAAUUUGGUCCGCCAGUUGGACCUGAAGAAGAACGAACUAGCGACCGAGCAGGAAAAAAAUAAAAAUCUGGAAGCAUUGAUGGAAAGUUUGCAGACGGAUCUUACCCGUUUGCGGACGGAACUGGAGCAGACGCAGGAGAAGCUGUCCCAAUCGCAAGCCGAAUCGAAGCAACUGCAGCUCGAAAUGGGAGUUGUCAAUCAGUUCAUUUCAAAGUUCCUGCUCGGCAUGAGCCGUAAGCCGACGGUGAGCGAUGUCAAUAUCGACAAGUUGGCCGCAGUGCUGGAAGAAAACCGAGAUCUGUUGAUCGAGAUGACGAAAGACGAAGCGGAAACCAUCGACACUGGAGCGUUCCUUCCGCGGGCUCUCUACGAUCUAAUCACGGAAGUGGACGAAGCGAACGAACAGAUCGAAACCGAUGGUGCGGAACAGGACGAGCCGGAUGCGAGCGGUGGCGAAGAGGAGUUUACUGAUGUACAGAAGGCAUCCCCAGAACAGAUUGCUGACAAGUUGCCAAAAGUCUGGCGGGUGUUGAUUGAGCUGGUGAACCAUCAGGAACGAGCUCAACCGGUUCCGUUUGUGGAAGGGGGAGAGAGUGAAGAAUGUCUCAAGUCGGUACAGACGCGAAAUGGACCGAAAACGGUCGUUAGUGUUAGUAAGACGUAUAUCAAGCUGAAAGAUUUGAUACUGGAGAAGAAGUCCCUCAAGAAGGAAACCAACCGAUUGCGGACGCUGAACUCGCACCUCGAGCGGAGGCUCGACUCGCAGGAGAAACGUCUCAGUGCUGUGAGUUUGGAACUGACAAAGACUUGGCAUCUGGUGGGAAAAAUGCAGCGCCAGCAUCGUCAGUUACAUACUCAGGAGCAAAUAUUACGUUAUCAUCUGCAGCAAAAGCGUCGGCUGCUCAGCGAGCUCAAGGAAGAGCUUGAGUACUGCCGAUUGAAAUGGUCGGCCGCACGAGCAAAAAAUAUCGAAUCCGAAGAUCAGUGGAAGUCCCUGAAGGCAGAUUUUGCCGCACGCCGAAAGCAAGACUCGCUCAACAACUCGGGAGAGAGUGGCUACAGUGACGAACAGCCGUCCGAUGAGGAAGAGGUCGUGAAUCGGAAGUCAAGUUUGGCUAAUCAGCAAUCGCCGGUCUACAGUGAAGGGUUGGAGGCGGACAAAUGGAACCAGAUGGUUGGUCGAUUGGAUAAAUGUUUUGUUGGUAGUUCGGUGUCGAAUAUCUACCAUCUUGCCGUCGCAAGUGUGUUGCGAAAGGCACACAGCGAGUCCGAUAUGAAAUCGUUGGAGAAUGUCGAACGAGCGAACCGAUUUUGCAAUGAAAAGAUCGAAGACUUGCCCAUCUUCCCGUACGAGGAAGAUGAAGCAGGCCCGGAACCGGAGGAAAUUCCUGUGGUAUUGCGAAAGAAGCGUCGGUCGGCCUCGAAAAAGGGCAAGAAAAGGCACAAUGAUGCGGGUCAGCCGGAAUCGGCCCAGGAUAUGUUUCUUCGAUUGAUGAAUCUUGCCGAGGCGGGACAGGAAGUGGAGGAAGAUGAUGAAGAUGGUGAGGACGACGAGCAGGACUUUGAGCGAACCGGGACAGGGAAUGAUAAUGCCGAGGGUGAGUACAGCGAGAACGAAAGUGCAAGUGAGCUGAGUGAGGAGGAGCUGGAAUGUUUGGAGUUGGCAGUAAUGGACGAACGUGCCGAAUCCUCGGUUACGCAGGAACGCUUCGAAGGACCGGAUGCAUCGUCACACUUCGACGCCGAUAGGGAACUGUCGAGUGAGGAACUGUUCCAACGGAAACGGGAAGCACGUUUGCAAAGAAUGGCUGAGCUCAAUUCCAGGUUGGACCGAUACUCGUCACCAACGCCGUCGGCAUCCCCUGCGGAAGUUCCACAGACGGCAGCGAACGAGGGAACGAGUAGCAGCGUAGACAAGACCGAAGAACAGGUAGUGCUGAGUGAGGAUGAACAGAAAUACCUGCAAAGACGUGCCGAGCGGUUGGAGCGGCUUGAGCGCGAGGCGAAGGAGUUCCGCAAUAGGCUUUCGAAAACGGUCCAUCGGGGAACCGAAAUAGCGGCACAGAUCGACGAGAUCCACAAUGGGUUCAUGGCCCGGCAAUCGGAAUCAUCUCCCGUAGCUGGAUGCUCAGGUGUGGCACAGACGAACGACAAGGUAGACCUGUCCUGCUUCACAGACAAGGAACGUGAGUACACAUCGGCACGGACCGAGCGGCUUGAACGGCUCGAGAACGAAAGUCAGAAAUUGCUGAGACAAAUGAAUCAAACAAUCCGACGCGGAAGUAGUCUCACGACGAAACUGGACAUGCUGCACACUCGGUACGGUUCCCCGGCGACUAAUGAACCGGAAGCAAGCGUCGAAACCAACAGCUCAGAACAAAUGAAGCCUAGCGAUGAAUCUGGGCCAAUAGAAUCUUGCCAGGCAGAAUCGACAGAGUUGUCAGUUCGGCAGGAUACUGUUACGGAGCAGGAGCAGCAGCAAGAUUACACCGUAGCCGGACCUUACAUGCCCAUGGGACCAAUAGAGCUAGUGCUAGUGUCGGACGAGGAAGUAAUGCAAGAAGUAAGGAACCUUUUGGAAGAUGAAAACGCUUCACUGCACGAUUCGGAAACUUCUAACGAAAAUCCUGAGCAAUCUUAGAAUGGGAUUACUAGCGAUCCCAAAGCCACCUACCUCGUACGAAAAGACAUCCACAUCUGAUUGCCAGGUUACUACUAAUAACGUGUAGACAGAGCCAGAGGAAAAGAGAUUCAGGGACAGAGGUCGUAUCUGUUGGCGACGAAGAAGCGAUUAAAGGUGAUUAAAGGGGAACAGAGGUUGAAGAAAAGCUUUCUGCGAAAAGUGUUUCGCAUGUGUUAAUUACACAAAAAUGAAUACAAAAAAGUGAAUUAAUUUUAAGUUCAAU